UAUAAGGAUACUGUUUGAAACUGAAAUCAAUUAUUAGAUUUGUUUCAUGUUGUGUAGUUUCAAAGCUGAAAAUCAUAGACGAAUUUAACCUUACACUUUAGUUUCCUCAAAACAUUUGUUUACAUUCCAAGUGAGUUCAAAAGUCCGACCUGAAAAUGCUGUUUAUAAUGCUUUUACCAGUUUUACUGGUAACAUUUCUCUUAAAAUUAUACAAAGACUCAAUCACGCCAAAGAAAACUCUUCGUGGGAAACACAUUUGCAUCACUGGAGGCUCCAGCGGCAUUGGAAAAUCGCUUGCAGUUCUCGCCUCUCAACAAGGCGCACACGUAACAAUCAUCGCCCGGAAUAGUACACGCCUAUCCGCAGCUAUUCUGGAAAUAUCCUCUGAAAGAUCCUCAGAUGAGCAGGAAUUUGUCACCGUCAGUCUUGAUUGCACUGAUACAAAUGCUACCCAUGCAAAAAUCAAGGAAAUUGAUGAUAAAAGACCCAUCUAUAUGUUUGUCAACUGUGCAGGCUUUGCAACCUGUGGCAUUUUUGAAGAGAUGACCCAAGCCGACAUCAAGAAUCUGUUUGAUAUCAAUUAUUUUGCCACAGUAAAUACCCUGCAAGCUCUAGUACCAAGAAUGAAGCAGAGAAAGGAUGGUAUUGUUGUGAUUACAGGCUCACAAGGAGGUUUGAUGGGAAUUUAUGGGUAUUCUAUUUAUGCCAGUGCUAAGUUUGCUUUGAGGGGGUUGGCAGAAGUAUUGAAAAUGGAGCUGGACUGUUACAAUGUUUCAGUUACAUUGUCCCUACCACCAGAUACAGAUACACCUGGUUUUGAAACUGAGAAUUUAACCAAACCCAAAGAGACUAAACUUAUUUCGGAAGCGGCGGGUUUGGUGGAUCCACAAGUUGUCGCGCAAGCACUUUUAAAUGAUGCAUUGAAUGGAAAGUUCUUCAGUUCUGUUGGAUUUGAAAGCUGGCUGAUGACUACAUUGUGCGUUGGAAUGACUCCGUUUCAGCGCUAUUUUGACGUUAUAGUUCAAGCUUUAACUUUGGGCCCUAUACGCUUAAUAAGUUCGUUUUACAUUACUAACUUUCAAAAAAUUGUCAUCAAAUGCAAAGAGGAACGCGAGGGUGCUAAAGAUAAAUAAUUACAUAUUAUGUUGAAAUGUUUCAACACUCAGUACGUUUCACCUAACAUAACCACAAAAUUAUAAGUGCACAAAUCAC